AUGGGCAGGUUGCUGUAUGAACUGGGAAGAGUAGAUGAGAAGAGAAAGACGGCGAAUGAGAGGGCGAGUAGUAAGAUUGGUAAGGGGAGUUUCAGUUGGGCUUGGGAGCUGGAUGGAACGACAGAGGAGCGUGAGCGAGGAAUCACGAUGGAUGUCGCCCUCCAAACUCUCGAGACACCACAUCGCCACAUCACAAUCCUUGACGCCCCAGGCCACAAAGAUUUCAUCCCUAACAUGAUCUCUGGUGCAUCACAGGCGGAUUGUGCGCUUCUUGUCGUGGACGCUUCCACAGGGGAGUUCGAAGCUGGAUUUGAGAGGGGUGGACAGACACGAGAGCAUCUAGUGCUUGUGAGAAGUCUCGGUGUGGCACAGGUCGUUGUGGCGGUUAACAAACUCGACCAGGUUGGUUGGGCAAGUGAUCGCUAUGAGGACGUCUGCUCUCAACUCAAACCUUUCCUGCUCCAAUCUGGAUUCCAUCCAUCGAAGACACGUUUCGUACCGGUGGGCGCUAUGGCUGGUAUCAACCUCCUAGAUCGCGAAGGCGACGAAGCAAAAAACCUACGAGCAUGGUAUAGCGGUCCAGCAUUGGUCGAUCUGCUCGACGUCCUCCAACCUCCAACGCGCGACAUCACCGCGCCACUCCGUUUCCCUGUCUCGAAUGUGUUCAAAGGUCAAGGCUCCGGCACAGGUGUCUCUGGCCGGUUAUGCGGCGGUAUAGUCCAGGUUGGAGAAAAACUUCGUAUCCUACCAGGCGAUGAGACCGCCAUCGUCAAAUCGAUCGAAACUGAGUCAGAGAGCCUCCCAUGGGCCGCAGCUGGGACGAACGCAACGCUAUAUCUCACCGCGGUAGAUCCUAUCCACCUCAAUAUCGGCAGCGUGCUGUGUCCCACGACAGAUCUGAUUCCUAUGGCUGCAUCAUUUACGGCGAGGAUCAUCGUGUUCGACAUCCAGGUCCCUAUCCUUGCCGGUUCAUCUGUCGAAUUAUUCCACCACUCACGAGACGUGCCCGCUUCAAUCUCGAAGCUCAACGCCACACUAGACCGUGCCUCAGGGAACACGCUCAAGAAGAACCCUCGUGUCUUAACGAAAGGCACCUCGGCCGAAGUCCAGAUCAACAUCCGACCCGCAUCCCUCUCAGGCCCGAACUCUCGCGCUCAACCUAUCCCUCUAGAGCCGUUCUCCGUCAAUAAAGAGAUGGGCCGGAUCCUCAUUCGGAGAGGGGGAGAGACCAUCGGCGCUGGUACGCUUUCGUUCCUUCCCUCCUUGCCUUUUCCUUCCGUUUUGACCUCAUCUCGUACCUGUCUCGUGUGGCGGUCGGACUGGCGACUACGUUACUUUCAGGCAUCGUCUUGGACAUCCUUAAUUGAAAGCUGA